AGCACUUUAGCUCUCAUUGUUUUGAUCGUCUUCGUUUUCCUUCCACUGUGCAAUGGCCGAAACUGACCUACCUGAAGAUGUUAUACUGAACAUUUUGUCUUGGCUGCCCGUCAAAUCCUUGAUCCGAUUCACCUCCGUUUCCAAACGCUUCCGAUCCAUCAUAUUGUACGACCCCAAAUUAGCCAGAACUCAAUUUGAAGCAGCUUGUCAGCGGAAAACCCUAAGUUGCCGACUCAUCUUCCACACAGUCACCCGUCGCCUCGAAUCCCUAGACUUGGAUACACCGUCCUAUGGAGACAUUUCCUCCAGCAGAAAGCUGAGUUUCCCUUUCGAGGAACCGGGUUCGGAUAUCAGCCUGCUAGGCUCGUGCAAUGGUUUGGUGUUUGUAGCGUUUGGUGAAGUCGACUUUUACAUUUGGAACCCAGCAACCCGAUUCUUCAUGGAGUUGCCUAAGCCAGGUUUUUCUGACGGACUAUGGCUCAGGUAUUAUGGUGCUGGCUAUUUGUCUGCCACCGACGACUACAAAGUUUUCGCAGCCUCUUAUGACGUGUAUGGACCGACACGAGAGAUGAAGAUGUUCUCCUUGAGAGCUCACGUUUGGAAAACAAUCCAACAUCCUGGCCAUGACAAAGCCUCUGAUGAGGGGACUCUUUUGAAUGAGGCAAUUCAUUGGUUAGUGGGGAAUGAAAUCCUUGCUUUUGAUUUCGCACAGGAGGAGUUCAGGACUAUGCGUCUGCCUGAUCAUCAUGAGAUUCAGGACCCAUUUGGUGUUGGCUAUGUUGGGGUUUCUGAGGGAUGUCUGUGUGUAUGCGGUCAUCGGAGAUCAGUUGCCGUAAAAGGGGUUGGCGGCGAGUGGUCGUUGGUUAAGAUUGAUCAUAAAGAAGAGGAGAAGUUCCUUGUGUAUACGACUGGAGGCACCUCGUUUGACCGCUACCGUAACAUGAUUCCAUAUGAAGAGAGUCUACUUCGAAUUAAUUUUUAGUGCUGAGUGUUGGGGUUUCUGGAUGUAGGAAAUGAUGGCUUCAUGAUCUAGUUGGGUGUGGACCUGAUGAACUGGAUGCACUAUUAGUGAUUAUGAGAUUUCUCAAAACUUCGGUUUUAGAAGCUAGCUAGGUGCUAUGAGCUAGCUAUAUUUCUAUGCAUAAUGGCUGUUACUCUGUGACACGUCCAUGACUCCAUGUUUUGUUUUAAGUUUUGACAAUGAUACACUAUAAGAAUGUUAUAUUUAUCUUGUUU